AUGGUUCUGUCAUCUGAGCAGAACAGAACUCCGGUGUCGCACAGGCUAGGAGGAUUAGCUUCAAUUUCCAGCAGAGAGAAAACUCGUUUAGCUUUGCUUGCUGCAGAAGCUAUCCCUGUUAUUCCUGUUCCCUCCACUGAUGUUAACGUGGAACCUCCUCUAGUCCUCUCUUCUGAAAGGAGCAGAAUCCCAGCAGCUCUAAGGCUUGGUGGAAUUGCUUUAAUUAGUAGCAGUGAGAAAACACGCUUGGCUGUGCUUGCAGCAGAAACUUCUCCUGUUGAAACUGAUCCGACUGGGAAUGCCACAACUGCUACCUCCGCUGCGAAAAGGAAAUCCACAAGAGUGGUUAGGAAAAGAGUGGCCAGAAGCCCUCUCCAAGGCCUUAAGCUGAAAAAGGCCAAUGUAGCAAGGUCUUUAAACCCACCUAAAAAGCGCCUUUGCACCGGGAAGAGCUGGACCAAGUAA